GGAAAGGAAGGUGACUCGUCCAAGCAUCUCGAGGGGUAUAGUGAAGCGGAAUGGUGAAUUUGCUCACGGAACUCCAUCGGUGAGCGACGCGCACAUCUUCACAUUCAUUGCAUCGUGCUGGCUGGCUUCUGUGUCUGUCAGGGAGGCCGAUGUCGAGAACUACGAUGAAGAGAUGCCGCAGUAAGCAUCCACACACACACGGGAGAACAGAUCUCACACGUGUCUGUCAUGCCUCGCUCGCUGCAAUCAAUGCAUUGCAGGUACCCUGGGCGAGUGCUGAUAUGGCACUGCACCAAGAAAGUGUGGCAGAUGGGAGCAGUCCUCGGUAUGUAUGCGGCGAAGGAUGAGAUCUCUGUCUGGUCUGAUGCUGAGAACAUGUAUGCUGCGUCCAUCAGGCUGUGCGGGCACUGCCAUUUAUCUCGGUGUGCGGCGCCUCCCAUUCCAGCCCUACUAUUGGAAUGCUGUAAGUGGCCGUUAGUUAUGUGUAUUGAUUGACCAGCUGCAAGGCUUGCAAUGCACUGGCAUGUCAGGGCUACGUGUGCCUGGGUGUCAGCACGGCGCUUUGGUUCCCUGUCAUGUUCCGCAUAGCGUCGCUGGACGAGCCUGGAAUUGAUGACAGAGGCUUUCGACUCAGCAAGAAUGAGGGGCAAAAAGAUGUCGACAAGUGGGCCUUCGGAGGUGACCGAAAACUGAAAGCAGCAGAUGGCAGGACGCCUACAUGUGUUGGGUGCUUCCUGCCUUGAUCGCGUGGUCGCUCAGGUGCCGUCAUCACCCCCUUGUUUACCUCCCCGUUUGUGCCGACCUCCCAGAGCAUCACAUACAAGACGGCCGACAACGUCAGGAAGGUCAAGCCCGCCAGCGUCAACACCCUGCUGCCAAUGCCCCGCGAGCUGGCUACGGCCGUAGCUGUGGGGUGCAUUGUGGGCAUGGUUGCCCUCAUGAUCGACUCCCGCACCCGACGGGCGGUGCGGGGUGUGAAGAAUGCCAUCAGGGACAAGGUGCAGGAGAAGGAGAGGCAGCAGCAGUGAGGGAGGUGGUUUCUUGGGUGUGUGGAGGAAUGGACACUUGCGAUGUGCGAGUGGGGGUAUUAUGGCUCGUUUAUGGGGUCGCGAUUUGUCACGUGAUUUGUCAUCUUGUACCAUAGUCAGACCAUCUCUGUCUACUCUGUGUGUGUGUCUGCGAGAUUGAAUGAAGUAAUCCCAUCAGUAAAACGACGA